AUGUCGAGCUCAGAUUACUACGGAGGCGGGGGUGGUAGUGGACAGAACUACGGCUACAGCAACUCGCAAGGCUAUCCGCAAGGGCAGGGCCAGGGUCAGUCGCCGUACCCCCCUCAAAACCAGUACAGCUCGCCUCCACCGGGACAGUACGGGGCGCCACCUCCGGGCCAUUCUCCGGGCCCGUACGGAUACUCCGGGAGCCACAGUCCUCAGCCAGGAUAUGGGGGCCCGCCGCCUCAGCAGCAAAGCAAUUGGGGACAUCAGCAAGGAGGAUACCAAGGGCCGCCACAGCAUCAGCAGUACGGCCAGGGUCCCCCGCCAGGUCCCGGCGGUGCUCCUGCGGGUCAGUGGUUAGGCGCUUAUCAACAGCAGCACGGCCAACUUGGACACCAAGGCGGCGGUGGCCAUGGACCACUCCCACAGCAGCACGGGUAUGGUGGUCCGCAACAGGGCUAUCCGGGUCAGCACCAACAGCAGGCUUACCCAGGCCAGCAUCAGCAGGCGCAGGGUGAUAAAGGCCUCUUGGGCGCGCUCGGUGGUGGUUUAGUCGGCGGCGGCGCCGGCAUGCUUGCAGGACACGGCGUUGCUGGUGCUCUAGCGGGAGCGUUUGCAGGGCACAAGGUUGAGGACCAUUUUAAGAAGGACAAGAAGGACAAGAAACAUAAGGACAAAAAGCACAAGAAGGAGAAGCACGGCCACAAGCGCAAAGGCAGCCACAGCAGCAGCUCUUCGAGCAGCUCUUCCGACUGA